UUCUAGAUGUUAGAUACUUACUGACUGACAUUCAGUAGCAAAAAGAAACCAUGAAUUUUCUGUUAUCAAUACUUAGAAAGACUUUUUGUUCAUUGUUAGUACCUUUAUAUACUAUUUUCCAUUUUGAUCGUCUUGCAGACUACUGUUAUAGGUAUAAUGAGCUACUUUUAAAAAAUCUUUUAGGCAGAUGUAGAUGCAUCUCUUCUGAUAAACUUCCAGGGUCUUUGACUCUUCUCAGUUCUUAUGACAAAUUCCCAAGAGGGAAUAGAGGUACAGUAAUAAUUUUUAAAUAUAAUUGUUUUAGACGCACAAGACGACAAGAUAUAAGAAAUGGAGAUCCGCUGACUCACUGUUCAGACUUACAACACCAUGAUAAUCACCAUGGCCACAGCUUUGAAGAAAGAAUCAUCUAUGGAGUAGAAAAUAGUAGCACGUUCCUGGAAUGCAGUCCAAAAUCACAGCGAGCUCUGGUCUAUUGGCAAUUCCAGAGGCGAAAUGAAGAGCGAAAAGAAGAGAUCAGAGUGGAUGAUCAUAUCAUUAGGACCGAACAAGGCCUUCUAUUGCGUAGUCUGCAGCGGAAGGAUUCAGGCAAUUACCUCUGUCAUGCCGUGGAACACGGAUUCAUGCAAACCCUUCUUAAAGUGACCCUGGAAGUCAUCGACACGGAGCAUUUGGAAGAACUUCUUCAUAAAGAUGAUGAUGGAGAUGGCUCUAAGACCAAAGAAAUUUCCAACAGCAUGACACCUAGCCAGAAGGUCUGGUACAGAGACUUCAUGCAACUCAUCAACCACCCCAACCUGAACACAAUGGAUGAGUUCUGCGAACAAGUUUGGAAAAGGGACCGAAAACAGCGUCGGCAAAGGCCAGGACAUACCCAAGGGAACAGUAACAAAUGGAAGCACUUACAGGAAAAUAAGAAAGGUAGAAACAGGAGGACCCACGAAUUUGAGAGGGCACCCAGGAGUGUCUGAGCUGCAUUACCUCUAGAAACCUCAAACAAGUAGAAACUUGCCUAGACAAUAACUGGAAAAAAUGCAAUAUACAUGAACUUUUUUCAUGGCAUUAUGUGGAUGUUUACAAUGGUGGGAAGUGCACCUGAGUUCCACCAAUUAUAAAUUAAGUCCAUGAGUAACUUUACUAACAGAUUUUCUUCCUAAUACCAACACUUAAUAGAGGUCAGGUGAAUGCAGAUGUUCACACUAGUGACUUAAUGUUUCCUAUGAGAUUUCACUAUACAGGUUUUGCUUUCUUCUUUGCCUGAGAAAUAAAAAUGUCAUUUGCCAUGUUGCCAUCUAAAGAAGAAAAACUGCAUCAGCAAAGCCAUUUUAUUGAACUAGAAGUUUUAAACUGCAUGGAUUUACUAAGCUGAUGAAUAUUCCAAAACACUGUUGGAUUCAAGGAUAUUUUUUGUCUACCAGCACUCGUGUUUAUAUGUACUGGAGGAGUAAAAUGAUACUGAAUUAAACGGUCUGUGGAAAUACGAAAAACAUAAACCAUCCAUCAUCCAGAAGAAAAAUGGAAUACACUGAUCUACUACUGAUGUCUUCUUCCAGCUUUGAUCUAAAGAUGUAUUUUAUUAAAACUAUAAUUUAAAUGUACCAUGACAAAUAUGCAGAAAAAAUUAGCUCUUUUCUAAGCUAGAGUAGGUUUUUGUCUUACAAUUAUUGUGCUAUGUAGUUUUUUGUUUUUAAAAACUCCAAUUGUGUGCUGCUUUUUUUAAAACGUUGUUUUCAGUUUUGCAAGAGGAAUAACCAAUAUUGUCCUAGAAACAUAUAUACAUCAUUAACAACUAAUUCCUAAAAUCUGGAUAUAAAUUAUGCUUUAUUUCUCUGAGGAAUUAAGAAAAACCACUUCCCCUUCUUCAAGUAGUAUCUAAAUUAAUUAGAACCUGCAUAAUGUUCUUAGAAAAACAGAGCAUUUAACCCGAAAAAAAAAGAGAAGAAAGAAAUAGAUUUGUAAAUGCAUUUUCUUGUACCUAAUGGAUCAACAAAGAGAAAAGGAACUGCAUAUUUCGUGCAAAUAGUAAGCAUUGGUUUAAUUUUCAUAGAAAAUGUCUUAAUUCUGCGCUUGAAUUCCUGCCUGAUAUUUGAGACAUAAAAACUCUCUCUCAUGACUCCAUUUGGAAUUUUAUCUGUCACUUAAUUUUUUUGAGAAGAGGGAGAUCAGUAAUAUUCAGAACAACCUCCUAAAAGCAAAUUUCCCAACUCUGUUUACAUUUUUAUCAGCUGCCUCUUAUCUCACCUUGUUUAAGACAAUUAUCUGUCUAAAGGACACAUGACUCUUUUCAGGUCAAUGGGAGUGACUUAUACAAACUAUUUUCCAGGACACGGCUCACACUUAAAACAUGUAAAGCUCUUUGUCUCCUGCAACAACUUAUAAAAUAAGAUAAAAGAUUAUUAAUUAAGGGCUUGCCUGCUUCAUUGUCCUAAGAUGAUUCUUUGAGAAUCAUUGACUUCAAGAUGUAUAAGACCUUCAGCAUUGCAAUGCAGUUUUGCACUGCACUCAUCUUUCCAAGAAUCCCUCUCUGGGUCCUUCGUCACACACAAAAAUGCAAAGGAAACAUCUUAUUGCUAAUUAAUGAAAGCAGCAUUGAAAUUCUAACGCUAGCUGUCUUGGGAUUCUAAUUAACUCAGCAUUAAUUUCUCACCUCAGACUACAGUGAAUUUUUUUUGAAUUCUCUAUCAGCUGAAAUAUUCACAGAUGGAAGCUCAUGUUUCAGUUUUAAUGAUUACUUUGAAUAAAUGAUUUUUUGACGUUUGUUUCAAUGGGAGCCUAAAAAUAUUCUACAUUCAAUUUUAGGCUCCAAUGAUUAAUACAAUGUUACUUUUAGAAGUACAUCCUCAAAUGGUAGCUAAAUUUUAAAUUAUUUGAAGGACAGACUCCUGUAGAGGAAAAAAAAAAAAAUGAGAUAUAAAUCAAAAAACCAAGAGUGCUCCAAAAAUAGGUCAUUUAAAAAUUUCUCAUAGAGUAUCUUAACUGUACUAAAAUUCGGUGUUGCAUUUUAUUCUAAAUUUGCAGCUGAAACAAAUUUAUUUGCAAUAACAGAAGUAUCUUAUUAUUAGUCCUCAAAAAUAAAGGAUUUGAAGGGGUAGAGAUUGUAUAACUUCAGGGAUGCCUUCCGAUAUCUGAAUGCAUUUUGUUUAGCAUUAUGAAAUACCCAUAGAAAGAAUGUGUAGAUUUCAACUAACAGAAACAAAAACAAAUCCACUGACAUGUCUUUAUAAAUCAGGUCUAAGUUUUCGAAGAAAAUUAUAGAUAUAACAUGCAGGUAAAUAAGUCUUAUUACAGUCAUAAUCUGCCAAUGGGUAUUGAGGUGGGCAGUUUGCACAAAAAGUAAUUAAUGUCCCAUUUAAUUCAUUUUCAAUAGACUUUGGCUUAUGCAUGUAUCAUCAGAGUUGAAACUUUGUUAAGAGACUCGUGACCUUGAACAGAUUAUUACAGCAAUCUUAAAACAGGAAAAAGGUACAGCACAGCAGAGAAAUUAUGGCCCAGUUGAAAUCAAAUGCAAAAUGUAAAUGUACACUUACUGCUACAUUUUAUGUAUUAUUUAGUGAUUUUCAGUGGUAUGUGUUUAAUAUUUUUGCUACCUACACAUUAGGCAACAGAGAUGUACAUAAUUUCGAAAAGAAGAGGAAGGACAGUGUAAAAUGCAACUUUUUGUAGGUACUCCAUUUCAGUGUUCAACAUCACCCUAAAAUGCAAGAUUUUCCCACAUAGGCAACAAGGUGGCUUAUGUGCUAUUUAAGGGCAGAAGCUGUGUGCCCAUUCAAUCAGCAUGUUUUUUUGCCAGGUAGUAAAUACGUUCCAUAUCUGUAUUUAUCAUUGCAUUUCAGAUGGGAACUAGAAAACUGGAGAGAAAAAUGUAAUGAAACUGCUGCUGUAAAUUAUUCCUUUUAGCAUGUAUUCAGUUGCUAAAUACACAUU